UUCAGAAUGACAUCAUCAAAACUCUUUAGUAGAGAAGCCAAGAUUUCAAUGAGCAUAUUUGCAAAUCAAGCAAUCUUCGCAUUACACCAGGAAAAGCCGAUUCGUGAUCGCCUUGGCAAACUACCGAUCUACGUUGAACACGCAUACGAUGAGAUUUGUGAUGAGAUGGAUGAAAGUGAAAGAAAAGUUGCACAUCGCGCAUUGAAGUGGGUUAUGUGUUUGAAGCUUUCUCUUUCAACAAACCUACUUCUCCCUGCAGUUUGCCAAGCCGGGGAUCGCCUUAUUCACCCCAUAGAUUGAUUACCUUGAUGAAGAUCUUAUUCUUAAAUAUUGCCAUAAUUUGUUGAUCAUCAAUCCCAUAAGCCGAGUUUGGGUACCUUCCCAUCUGUCUGUAAUAAUAGAGAACUGCGAAAACCACCUUUGGAGCCAACUACAGGCACACUGCCUCGUGGCAAGUGUGUGCCUUUGGCUACUCAAUAAUAAUGUGACGUCCACAUUCCGAGGAUGGUCGCGCAGGCGAGUGGAAGGGUUUCCACAAGACGGCCCGGAACCUAACGACCUGAUCCACUACUCGGUAGACUAUUGCAUAGAAGUGCGAGGAAGGGGAGGUUGGAAAGUCAUCGUAUCUCCAAUCUCCUCGAACUUUCUUGGAUCUCCCAGCGGGGAAGUAGCAUGGCAUAUCGCGCCUGGGCUCGAGCAUACUGCGUAUGCAGACAACGGAUUGUUGCUUUCACCCAACCCGACGUCUCCUCCCACGAGUUUAUCAUAUUGGACCAAGAACCAUAUCAGCCUUCCUUGUUUGUAAGUUCGGGAUGUACAGGACGCUACCAAACUGGUGGGCUAACCCAUGGCCAUGCUUGGGACAAAGAAAAUUUUGAGGGGGUUCCACUGCUGUACCUUGCUGCGUCAUCCGGGUCAAUCCCUAUUUGCAUGCAUCUCCUCAGUAUGGGAGCAGAUGUGAAUUUCCAAUGUAGUUACUCGCCAACUGGGAUUAACCUCCGAAGCAUGAUAAUACGCAAGUCCAGAUCCAAUUAAUACGAUAUACUUCCAACUGCUCUCAUGACAGCAGUGUCAAGUCAGUGGGCUGUAUUCACAUGGUGGAUUUUCUGAUCAAGUCGGGGGCAGCUAUGAAUCCGUUCAAGAAGAGGGUGGGACACUCUUCUUGCGGCGGCGGCAUUCGCAGGUCGCAAAGAAAUUGUACAACUACUUCUGGAUGCUGGGGGGGGUGUGAAUAUGGGAAUCGAGGUAGGGAUGUAUGUUCAACAGCGCUCUUGCUGCUGCUGCCUGUGAUAGGUUGGACAUAAAAUAAAUAAGUGGUUGAGCAGCUUAUCAAGCAUGGGGCGGAGAUGGAUAAUUACCUCAUAUUGUGGAUUUCCUCAUCAAAUCCGGUGCAAAGGAAGAAUACGAUUCAUACAGAGAUUUUGAAAGCUCUGAUACAGAUGAAGAGAUGGUACGCUGGUAAGAGAGUAGAACUUGAAUAUUCUAGAGAAAGAAGCCCUGAAUCAUUGAGCCAGAUCAAUGUCUGUCAUCAUCAUUGAAGACAUGUUGGCAGUCUCAGACAUUAUAUUUUGUUGAUAUACUAUUGAAAGAUUCAUCU